AUGGCGAAUGCUAUGGAUUGGUCACCAGACUUCUGUCUUGCCUGUGACAAACAGACAGACGGAAGAGUCUACUGCUCAGAGUCUUGCCGUCUGGCAGAGUACGAGGUUGCUUCGUCGAACGCCGGAUCUACAGCAUGCUCUCCAACAUCACCAAACGGUCCGCUCUCAUGGCCAUCAAGGUCGACCGGCAAGGGAUUCCACCUCGAACCUGCAUAUAACUUCAGCAACGCUCAGCCAUAUGGUACCACUCCAUCACCACGAACCUCCCACUUCUACCAACCAACAAGACCACAAUCCUCCCCAGUAUCAUAUGCCAAGUCGUCCCUGACUCCAUCGAGUUCCCAAUCAAGUCUCUUCUCCAUGCAAUCGUCGACCUCGACUUCAGAACCAGCACAACUCUCAGAGGAGUCAAGGAGAGCUUUACGGGCUUAUGCCAGUUCGUUCGAUCAAUCUCGAUAUAGCCGAAGGCAAUCGACCAACUGA